GAAAAAUUCACCUCCAAUUCACACCAAUCUUCUCAAUCACAAACAAUACCCAUAUAUUCCCGUUCAACAAACACAUCACCUAUAAAACACCCAUUAGCUGUUGAUAAAAACCUAUCCUGAUAACAGUGAACAGUGUCGCUUAACGCUUAAGUAACAGCUAUUAUAAUAUUUUUAUCAUCUCUAAGUAUGCCGCCAACCCUCUCGUAUUUACUUUACAAUAAAGAGUUAUAGUAUUUGUAUAAGGUUUCUCCAACUUCUUUAUAUUAUUCAGUUAUAUCUCGGGCGAAGCCAUUUGAUUAAGUGUGAUAGUGCAAAAUGGAUGUUGACAGGGUUACUGUGAGAGGAUUUUUGGUCCAGGGUUUUGCUACUUUGGCAAUAUCGUACCUCACAACGCUAACGGGCCUGGUCUUCUCCUGGCCUUCCUACAAUGUGGUCAACUUCAUGUCCAAUGACACCGUACUCUCAGCGCCCAUGUCUUCCGUGGACGUGUCACUAUUGGGCAGUCUGACCAACGUCGGAGCUAUGGUAGCCACGCCGUUCUCUGGGUAUAUUGUCAACAGGCUUGGAAGGAAGUAUAGUGCUAUGCUGUUCGGAUUGCCUUUUGUGCUCUCAUGGACGAUCAUCUCGCUAUCCACAUCGAUACCAAUGCUGCUUCUAGCCAUGGCAUUAGCAGGUUUAGGAACAGCAGGACAAACAGUUUCUUCAAUAUACAUAUCAGAAAUAUCACAAGACUCCAUCCGAGGAGCCUUAAUGUCUACUGUAGUAUCUUCAUAUUUCAUGGGAGUGCUGAUAUCGUAUAUUUUUGGAGGAUACCUGGAUUAUAGUCUGAUAGUGUACCUGCAUUUGUCCAUGUCGGUUCUGUAUAUGCUGAUGUUGGCUGUCUUGAAGGAGUCUCCUGUGUUUCUGAUGCAGAGUGGGAAGGAGAAGGAAGCUGCAGAGUCAAUAGCAUUCUACCGACAAGUGAAGUCGUCAUCGAAAGAGGUAGAGGUAGAAAUAUCUAAGAUCAAACUUCUGUUGGACCCGAGACUAGAGAAGAUUCUGGAAGGAGACGCAGAUCCAACAAUUACCAAAGAGCUCAUCAACUCUGCACCGCCGGCGCAACAGCUGUCAGAAUGGCAGUUCUUGAAGCAAUCCCAAACUUCAAUCCGAGCUCUAAUGACAAGCCUAGCAUGUAUGGCAACAAUGAUAUUGAUGGGGAACAUUGCGCUGCAAGUGUACGCGGAGACAUUGUUCAGGGAAGCAGUGCCGUCAAUGGACUCCAACCAAUGUUCUAUCUUCUUAGCUAUAGAUCUGUUGUUGGCGAGCGUACUGUGUACGUUUGCUAUUGAUAGGUAUGGGAGAAAGCCGUUGAUGAUCAGUACUUCAGUCCUGGCCAGUGUCUGCACGAUGCUCCUCGGCACCCAAAUCCAGUGGCACUGGGCUCCGCACUGGUUCACUGCUGUCAUCAUCUACGUGUAUAGCUUCAUCUUCAAUUUCGGAGUCGCUGUUAUUCCUUACGUGUUGAGUGCUGAGCUGUUCUUGCCUGAAGUACGAGGGAUGUGUGGAAGCAUCGUGAUGACCUGCGGCUGGGCCAUGAACUUCGUCACCGUGCUCAUAUUCACCCCAGUGGUGGAAGAAGUCGGGUUCGCCCCCCUAUUCUACGCCUUCUCCGUUGUAGGAUUUGUGGGGGCUGGUUACUGUGUCUUCUAUUUACCUGAGACCAAAGGACUGUCUAUAGAUGCCAUCCAAGCUCUAUUUGUUAAGAAAACUAAGAGGAAAAUUGAUGCUUAAAGACUUAUUGUAGGUAGUAACUGCUGUUUAUAAAAUUAAUUAUAAUCGAUGAUCAAUGUAAUUAAAUGUAGUUUGAUCUUCAACAGUAAUCGAAAUGAGAACGCGUUCGGCAUUCAGAUUUGUUGGUUUAUUCGAGCUUGCCAAUCAGAGCGCCGAACGCGCUCACGUAAAGCAAACUCAUAUCAAGGGUACAGUAGUACUGAAGUUUGAAUUGAUUGUGUAUAAAAUUGUUUAGUUUUAAGUUUUUAUACAUAGUUUUAUUCGAUUUAGAAGAGUACUUUUAAACUGAAAUAGGGGUGUGGUGUUUAGUCGAUAAAAAGUAAAUUAAUUACCAUGUUUUUCGGCUUACCCACGUAAUUGUUGAGCGUAGUAGCGUCACAGUCAUAGAUUGCUGCUCAUGAAUGAAUAAGCCUUUAGCAGGGCUUGAAACUAGUCAAGUUUCUCGUCUAACAAUUACGUGAAUAAGCCGAAAAAUAUAAUAGUUAAUUUAAUACUUAUGUCUCACGAAAAUUAUAAUAUAAACGACAUGUAAAAUGUAAAGAAAUUGGCAUCAAUUUUAUGUAAGACGUGCAAAUGACAAGCAAAAAUAGAAGCAAAAUUCUUUCAUGAAUUUUGAUUUCAUUUUGGAACAUUUUUAUCAACAUAGUGAAUAGCAAAUUUUCAGUACAAGGAACUUUUAAUGUUUAAUAAGGCCUCUUUAUAUUAAUAAGAGCUCUUAUCUCAAAGCAUAUGUUAUAGAUAAUUUUCGUUACAAUACUUAACAAAUAUGUUAAUAAGUUAGUGAUAAGGUAGGCACCUGGGUUAGUAAGAAGAAAAUGCAAUGAUUUUAUUUUUGUUAGACAGUUUUUUUUAACUCAUAACCCCCAAAAGGCCGGCAACGCACUUGUAACGCCUCUGGUGUUUCAAAUGUCCAUGGGCGACGGCGAUUGCUUGCCAUCAGGUGAUACGAUACGUCUACUCGUAUACCAGCGUGUUCCAUAAAAAACAACCCUGGAAUUUUCUCCUGUGUCGUGGGUGUGUUUACAAACAUACAAGUUCACAUGACACCCAAAACCGAAACAAUAAUUUGUUUAACAGCGUAACCACGGAAAGUUGGGUUACAGUACAAAAACGCAAAAUAAUCACCCUAUCUUUCAUCGAUAGGAAAACAUAAUUUAAAAAAAAAAUCAUAGAAGACCUCGAAUAAAAAAUGUUUACAAGUGAAAAAUGUAAAGCCAGGACUGCAUGCAUAUUAAACAGAUAUUAAAAUUCAUAAACGUUCGUUGGAACAAGGGAAAUCGAUGAAAAUGUAAUUAUUGCUAGUGUUCCGACUACCAACCCUUUAACUAUGCUACGUUGCUGGAUGCGUUUGGCUUCCACUAAUCAUAUUCAUUGGCACACAUAUGUAGCUUAGCACUGGUGGAAACGGACUUACUUAUUAUCGAUUUUGUAUCGAAAACAAUUGCUAAGGACUGGGCUAAGUAAUCUGGCAUAAAAUGAUUCUGAGUACGGCCGUUAGUAAUUAAAUUUAAAUUAUACAAUACUCUAAUUAUAAUUUAUAGAUUGUAAGAAUAAAAAUAUUUUGGAUAACGAAAUUUUUAUUUUAGCAUCGGACCCAGAUUGCUUCCUUGGGGAACACCUUUAGUUAUACGACGUUAAAGUCAUCAUAUUUGUGAAUUUAGUCAACUAGAUUAACCACUACUUAAGUUUUUAGAAUAAGAAGAUCUGAUAAUAAAAUAUUGUAAUUAAUUGUUUA